AUGGGUGCAAUUCACAGCUCUGACAAAGUCCAGCAGGCAAUGGAUGGCACAUGGAAGAGAAGGCUAGAGGAUGUGGAUCUGAUUGACCAUGUGCUACUUGCAAGAUUAAUAAAGCAACAUGUCAAAUAUACUAGUGUAGCAGAGUCAUGUUCAAGUAGUGCAGACCAGCACUCAGUUCAAAGUGCAAUACCAAGCCCACCUGAUGCACAUAAAUGUGCAUUAGAUGACUAUCCAUGGUGUUUGAUGUGUGGCAUGAGGCAUGAAUACUACCCUUCAGUACCUAUGUUCAAGAUGAACAAUACAAAGAGGAUGUUGAGGGAGCAUGACAUUGUCUCAUGGGGCCACAUGGGACACUUCAUACAAUCAAUUCCAGCAGUGACCUUUCUCAGGCAUUACAGGGUGGAGAGUGUACCACCCCAGCUAGCAUAUCUCCAGCAUAUGCAAGAGGCAGCCUCCUGCUACAGGGAGGGUAUGCCAGGUGGUUGGGGAAGAGUCGAAUGCACAUAUUGGACAGAGAGCAAAAAAAAGAAAGAGGCACAAAUCACAUACAGAGAACUGCAGGAAACCCAGGUUAUCGAUGUUGAGACAACAGAGUCAUAUAAAAUGUACCAGGUGCCAGCAUUUGAGGGUGGGCAAAAGUGGGGACUUAUACUGCUUCCCAUGAGGUGCUGUGGCAUAUGGCUGGAGCUUUCACAGAGGUAUGAAGAAGUUAAAAGGAAGGGAGGCCAAUAUGGCUUGUAUCCUGUCAUGGUUGCAAAAAGGGCAUUCUUCAAAAAGGGAUGGAAUAUUCAUGAACAAGGGAAGGAAUCAUUGCCCCCCACUGGAUCCAGCCAUGGAUCAGAAGAUGCAUUGAGGGAGUUUCAACAGUCCCUGAACAAGUUGAGGAAACCUAGCGCGUUUCACCAGACUCAGCAUUUGGAAGAUGGAGAGCUGCCAGUGUGCUGGCACAAGGAACACAAUCCUUGCCCCUUCUCCUGGAGUGAAGCGCAAUGGGAGUGGUACAGUAGAGGCACCCCAAUCACCUUCUUCAAUUUUGUCCUCAGGAAAGAACCAAACCAUGCAAAUGUCACAGAGUUUGAGGAUGACAUUAAGAGAAUUGCCAUCAUUGUUGUCACUGAUUGUGCCAAUGGUCUGGAGGCAGUGGAGCAUUGGAAGGCUGACAAGGGUGGGGUGUGCACUAGCACAGUUGAUGAGUUUGCAUGCCAGAAGGAAGUUGCACUGUGGGCACUGGAGUUAGAGGGCAUCCAGAUCUGA